AAAGAAUUGUCUGGGCACAAGAACAUUGUAGGGUAUUUGGAUUGUGCUGUUAAUACUGUUAGUGAUAAUGUGUGGGAAGUGCUUAUCUUAAUGGAAUAUUGUCGUGCGGGGCAAAUAGUGAAUCAGAUGAACCAGAGAUUACAAACGGGCUUUACUGAAUCAGAAGUGCUAAGAAUUUUUUGUGAUGCCUGUGAAGCUGUUGCUAGGCUGCACCAAUGCAAAACUCCCAUUGUUCAUAGAGAUUUGAAGGUUGAAAACCUUUUAUUGAAUGACAGUGGAAACUAUGUGCUUUGUGACUUCGGCAGUGCCACUAAUAAAUUCCUUAACCCUCAGAAAGAUGGAGUCAGUGGAGUUGAAGAAGAAAUUAAAAAGUAUACCACAUUGUCGUAUAGAGCUCCUGAAAUGAUCAAUCUUUAUGGAGGGAAAACAAUUACAACCAAGGCAGAUAUCUGGGCCCUUGGCUGCUUGCUGUAUAAACUUUGUUUUUUCACACUUCCCUUUGGUGAGAGUCAGGUUGCUAUUUGUGAUGGAAGCUUUACCAUCCCAGACAAUUCACGCUAUUCACACAGUAUGCAUUGUUUGAUAAGAUACAUGCUUGAACCAGAUCAAGAGCGAAGACCUGAUAUCUUUCAAGUAUCUUAUUUUGCCUUUAAACUUGCCAAAAAGGACUGUCCAAUUUUAAACAUGAAUAAUUCUCCUCUCCCUUCAACUCUUCCUGAGCCCUUGACAGCUAGUGAGGCUGCUGCUAAGAAAAGCCAAAUAAAAGCUAGAAAUGUUCCAGGAGCCUCAAAGAUUGGAAAUGGUCACGAGAGCGUAUUGUCGCCGGGAACCCCACAGCAAAACAGGGUAUUGCAACAACUACAGCAAGGUGACUGGAGGCUACAACAGCUGCAUCAUUUACAUCAGCAACAGCAACAGCAGCAACAACAAUUGCUCCAUGAUUCAUACAUGCAGCAGUAUCAGCAAGCAAUGCAGCAGCAUGUUGUUCAGCAGCAGCUUUUGAUACGCACUGUGUAUCAGCAGCAGCAGCAGCAUCAGCAGCAGCCCCCUCCUUCUCCAUAUCCUGCUAUGGUAAAUCACUUUGGGAAACCCAAUAAAACCCUUCUAGCUAAGAAAGGGAAGCUUGGACUAAACGCUGAUUUGAAAUUGAAGUUAUUUUGCCUGUUCUUCAUCCUUUCAGGCUCCCCAGGAAAUGAAAUUAAUAACCCAGCCAGCAAUCUAGAAAACACGUUAGAGGGUCUUUCUAAGUACGAGAGGCCAAGCCAGGUGGUUAAGGACCAGGAUGCUGGAAAGAAAGCAGCGGAAGUUCCUACUAAGAAAGGAAACGAUGAAUCGGAGAGUGAUUUUGAAUCCGAUCCCCCUUCUCCAAAGAGCAGUGAGGAAGAGGAAGAGCAAGAGGACGAAGAAGUCUUGCAGGGCGAGACGGGAGACUUUAUUGACGACAACGACACAGAGCCAGAAAACCUAGGCCAGCACCCCCUUCUCAUGGAUUCUGAAGAAGAUGUAGAAGAUGACGAUAAGCACAGUUCUGACUCGGACAGUCAACAUUUUAGGCCCCCAGAAGAGGUGCCUUGCGGCAGAUACAGAGAAGGGCCUGGCAACGUAGAAAGCAGAGAGACGAUUCUUCCCUGUCCGUCGUUGACCGAGUUCCCCGGUUCCAGUUUGAGCCCCAAACAAGAAUUUGAUGUCUUCGGAGCAGUUCCGUUCUACGUUUUGCAGCCCCAGGAGCAGAAGGAUUCUUCUCCCCACGUCGCCCGUCCCCAGCAAGACCAGGACGACUUCGACGUCUUCACCAAAGCCCCCUUCAGCAGAAGGAUAUCCCAGCAAGACGAUCCGAUCACAGGCUCGGAACUUCAAACGUCUCCCGUUCCCCCCAAAAGCGUGGACGUCUUUGGCUGCCUCCCGUUCCAGCCCGUUUCCAUCCAGAGGCACGGAGAAGCGAGGGAGGAUCUCUUCGGGCUGGUCCCAUUUGAGGAGAUAACCGGCAGCCAGCAGCAGCACAAGGCGAAGCAGCAGCAACGGAACCUGCAGAAGCUCUCCUCCCGCCAGAGGCGCAUGAAGCAAGAGGGGACCAAGAGCAACGGCAAGCGCCAUCACGGAACCCCCACCAGCAGCAAGAAGACCCUCAAGCCCAGUUACCGGACGCCGGAGAGAGCCCGAAGGCACAAGAAAGCCGGCCGCCGGGAUUCCCAAAGCAGCAACGAGUUUCUGACCAUUUCCGAUUCCAAGGAAAACAUAAGCAUUAGCCUGUCGGAUAGCAAGGACAGAGUCAAUCCCUUGCAAGGUGAGGAUAACCUCCUGGAUCCCUUUGGAGCCAAGCCUUUCCACCCUGCCGAAGGGAUACGUCUCCCACAACACCAAGGAUUGGCUGAUAAUCGUGGGGAUAAUCACAACUCCGCAGCGCCUGGGAGACCCAGGCAGAGCUCCUUAAUUGGUAGCAUUCAUUCCGGCGACGGCAUAAAAUUAACAGAUGAUUUCGGAGCAGUUCCUUUCACCGAACUCGUGCCAAGUGUGAAGUCUCAACAGAGCCAGCAGCCACAGGCAGUGGAGUUUGAUCCAUUUGGGGCAGCUCCGUUUCCUUCCAAACCGUAGGCUCUUUUUUUUUUUUUUUUUAGGAACAUCCAAAUUUUUUUUUCCCUUUUCAAACUUGGAUUUAAUAUGCCACUCUAAAUUCAUUUACUUCGGUUGAGAAGCAAUUUUUUUUUAAAAAAACCCGCUUAUUUCUCUGCUGUGGCUCGAUGAGAUUUUAACAUCCGCCGUGUUAAAAGAUGCAAGAUCGGGAUGAUACAAUGGCGAGAAAGGUUUGAAUAAGAGAAAAACCUUUCCAAAAGUUAGAUCGGGAGAUAGCUAUCACCGAGGAUAUCGGACUAGGACAUUCAGAGUUGAGUCCUUUCUAGAGUGCAAUUACACUUGAAUUGAUGGGAGCAUCAGACCGGGUCGGAUGAAUGAAACGAGACCUUAUCAGUCCAAAAAAUCAAGAAAAUAUCUGGAAAAAAAAGCCAGGUUUAUUGAGAACUGCUUCAUUGUACCUGUUCUAAAGGUUAUUUUUUUAGAAAAACACUUCUUAACCUCUUAACAUCUCUGAAAAUCAGAGCUUGCGCUCUUGAUACUGGUUCCUAAACUUACACGAAGAAACCUAAAUCUUUCUAUCUCUAUCUGCCUGAACUGUGCUUUUCCACAGUAAGUGCCAUUAAUAUAAAACAGGGAUCGUUGUAAUUCUUAGGAUUUCAAGAACUUAGCUGGGGUUGUUGGAAGUGGGAAUGGAACGAGAAAGCAGCAGCACUAACAGUUAGCUUCUUUGCAGCACUUUGAAGAUUGCCAUUUUGAGAAGAGAGCGUGGCUUACUUGCACACCACACCCAACACAGAGAGAAAGAUGUGGGGGGAAAAACAGCCAGGAAAUUGUAGCAAAUUCAGACCUAUAACGAGCUUAAAUCAGAGUUUUCACCCCAGGUCUGCUGGCUUUACUGGGGUUUUGUAUUUCCUAUGAACUGAAUGCACCCCACAAGGUUUUUAAUCUUCUAAAACGGUUCUCACCUAAUUUUUGAAUUCUGUAUUACGUGAUUGUACUUUUCUAAGACUUUACACAAAACACACCGGUCAGUUUCCAACAAGAGGAGGUUUAGAAUCCAAGGCUUAAAAACGAUGCUCUUUUGAGUCUCUCAACCAUUACCGCGUAGUAAAACCCGCAAUGCCUUACAGCCAGGACCGCGUCCUGAUAUUAAUUUACCUCUGAGCCAAUGGGUGCCCUUGAGACACAGAUUGUAACACUUGGAGAACUUACGGUGCGUAGACAAGUACAUUUUUGGAACUUUCAACCGGAGCGAAGGAACUCCCAAUGUCUUCAUUCGCUGUGGGUCAGUCUAGGGCAGCUGUGUGUGUUCAAAAUAGCCAUGGGAUGCCCCGCAGCUCCUUUUCAGUUUCGUGAAAACGGGCAGUCUUGGAAGUGGACGUAGUAAAACGUUUUGUCACAAAGCAUGGCCAGGGAUCCAGAGAUCAUGGCGGGAUCUUUUUGGAGUACGUCCGUGUGUGUUUGAAUCAGAAAUGCUAAACGUCUAGCACAGAGGUGUCAAACUUGAUUUCAUUGAGGGCCGCAUCAGGGUUGUGUUUGACUUUGGGGUGGGGUGAGGGAGU